AUGUCUUCUGAUAUCUAUACUUUUGAUAUUUCUUUCAACCUCCCAAAUAUAAUCACUUAUGAUCCUUUCAAUUUCAUUGAUGUAGUUGAUGAGGAUUUCAACAAUUCUCCAUACCCUUUUUCUUUCUCUUCCUCAACUACAAAUAACCACGUGGUACCCCUAACAAAUGGCCUAUUUACAAACACUGACCUUGAAGAUUAUCAGAUUCAUAAUAAUAACACACUCAUGGAUUCCUCAAAUUUUCAAUGGCGUGAAUUGAACUCCUCUGAAAAUAGUUUCUUCACCGGACAAAUAACAAGGGCAAACAGUGCAGGCGAUUCUCAAACGGAGGAAGCAAAGUUGUUGAAAGUAGGGCGUUACAGUGUAGAAGAAAGAAAACAAAAAAUCUCGAAAUACAGAGCUAAGAGAAAACAGAGGAAGUUCAACAAAAUUAUUAAGUAUGAAUGUCGAAAGACACUAGCCGACAAUAGAACACGCAUACGUGGCAGAUUCGCACGUAACGACGAAACCUGUAAGAUUCCAAAAAUUCCAUCUUCAAAAACAGAAGAAUAUGAAGAUGAAUUAUGGGUUGAUCUGAUUGAAGGAUUAAAUGAAAAUCACACAGCAUGUUUUUAUUUAAGCUGA